AUGAGUCAGUCGGAUAAUCUGUUAGAAGAAAUUUGUGCAUAUAUAAGCAGAGGAAAACAUUCGAAAAAGAGGUGUGUCUUAUUAUACAUAGCCACCGAUAAAGCAGAUGUAGACGAGUUUCAUACAAAAUGUGAUGCUCAAGGACCUACAGUCACCAUCCUAUAUGGAAAGUUCAAUUCAAUUUUUGGUGGGUAUACUUCUAAAAAUUGGACUUCCCCAGAGACACCGUGCAAGGUAAAAGAUGAAGAAGCGUUUCUUUUUACAAAGUACGACAACCCAUAUGAAAAAUGCCGUUUCAUUCCGAUAAAGAAAAAAAAGGAAGAUAUAGCAAUUACAUGUGGUGCAAAAUUCGGCCCAACAUUUGGGGGAGGACCCUGGGUAAGGGGUUAUGAUUUGAAAGUCUUCAAACGAGAUACCAAGCCAGAAUCUGUGUACACUGAUCAGUUUUUGCAUUUGAAUGGUUCGUUAAACAUCAACAAUGCUUAUUCUGAUUCAACAAAUCAAAAGUUCAGCAUUAAAUCAGAAGACAUUAACUAUGGAAAAUUGAUAGUCAGAAAAUUGGAAGGAGAAAAAUAUGACACGACUAAAAGAAAUCUUAUUGAUAUGAAGCCACUUCAUGGAUUGAAUAUCAAACAGUAUAAUAUUCUUCUUGUUGGACCUACCGGAGCUGGGAAAUCUAGCUUCAUCAACACAUUAUCAACAGUGUUUACAGGAAAAUUUGAAAAAAUUGCACCGGCAAGAGAUGGUUCGAUAUAUAUCACCUCCAAAGUAAGACCAUAUCCCAUCAUAACAGAAAACAAAGAAAAACUGAAUUUACGCAUUUACGAUAUUCGAGGAUUUGAGGAAGGAAGGGGAUAUGGAAAAGAACUUGAACUUCUGUUAGAUGGAAGGUUGCCUCAAAAUUAUCAAUUCCCUGAUGAGGUAGGGAGUAAUGUUAUAGAUGAAGUAAAAGAUCCGUCUUUAAAUGAAAAGAUUCAUUUAGUAUGUAUGGUGGAAGCGGAAUCCUGCUUUGACAGUUACACACCAAAGAUUUUAGAACAUAUUGAAGACAUUAAAAAGACAAUUUCAACCAAAGGUUUACCCUUGGUUGUCAUUGCAACAAAACUUGAAAUGCGCUGUACACACAUAUCCAAAAAUGUUGAUCAUCUAUUUAAAUGCAGUAAAGCAAAGGAAGCUGUUUCAGACAUUGCCGAAUUCUACGGCGUAAAGAAAAGUCAUGUUUUUCCGGUAGUAAAUUAUAUCAGCGAAAGCGGACCUGUGACAGCUAAAAAUCAGUUAGCAUUGAAAUCUAUUUAUGACAUGUAUAAACUGACUGAAGAAUAUUUUACUCACCACGAAGGUACUGUAUUAUUUGAUUACAAGUCUUGUUUAUGA